AUGGGUUUGAAAUCCCUGUUCAACAGGCAGAAGGAUGCCGUAUCCUCCGGCGGGGAGUCGCGGUCGAUGUCACUGUCGGUGCGGUCGCGGGCGCGCCUGGCCGGAGAGCUGGAGCAGGUUUUCAAGAAGUUCGACGUGAACGGGGACGGGAAGAUAUCGGCGUCGGAACUGCGGUCGAUAAUGGGGAGCCUAGGGCAGGCGGCGACGGAGCAGGAGGUGGACAACAUGAUCCGGGAGGUGGACGGUGACGGGGACGGGUGCAUCAGCCUGCAGGAGUUCAUCGAGCUCAACACCAAGGGCGUGGACUCCGACGAGGUGCUGGAGAACCUUAAGGACGCGUUCUCCGUGUUCGACAUCGACGGGAAUGGGUUUAUUACCGCUGAUGAGCUGAACACGGUGAUGCAAAGCCUGGGGGAAGAAUGCUCCCUGGCGGAGUGCCGGAGGAUGAUCGGCGGCGUAGAUAGCGACGGCGACGGCAACAUCGACUUUGAGGAGUUCAGGGUGAUGAUGAUGAUGGGAUCGCGCCAUGACACCACCGAUAGAGUUAAACCACCUCCUGAAAUGGCUUAG